AUGACCGAAAUUCGUCCAUUUCUGUGCGAUAAUAUCGACAAAGCACUGAUACGUUCAGAAUGGGAAAAAUGGUACAGGUCCUUCUCUUUAUACCUUCGAUCAGAAGACAUAAACGACGAAGUAAAGAAAAAGAAUAAACUGCUACACCUGGGCGGACCACAGUUGCAAGAAGUUGCAUUUAAUAUCCCAGGUGCAUUGGUUGAACCCGACGAAAAGACUGAUGUCUUUAAAGUGUUAGUAGAUAGACUGAACGACUAUUUCUCCCCAAAGCGCAACUCCACUUUUGAGAGACACCUUUUUCGGAACCUGUCCCCUAUUGAGGGCGAAAAUUUUAGCAAAUAUUUGUUGCGUCUCAGACAUCAAGUGUCAAAGUGCGAGUUUGGCAAUACUAAGUCGGAAAUUACCGAAAUUUGCAUAAAAGACAAAAUUAUCGACUCAUGGGCUCCCGUUGAAUUGAAAAGAAAAUUGUUAGAAAAAGAGCAAAGCCUUGAAGAGAUAGUCGAGUCAUCUCAGAUCUACGAACAAUCGGGAUCCAUGUCUACUAAACCGAGUGAAGAGAAAAUUAACAGGAUUUCAACCAAAACACCUGGAAGAAAACAUGACGACGACGAGUGUAGUAGAUGUGGUCAUAAAGGCCAUGGAGCAAAAGACUCGAAGUGUCCAGCAAGAUUCAUGAAAUGUAACAAAUGUGGUUUGGUGGGACAUUUUGCGAGGAAAUGUCAGACUAAAAAGCGAAAGUUCACCAGAAGCGAACACAGUUCCCCGAAAAAACUAAAAUCAGAAUCACUUAAAGUGCGCAACGUUGAGGAUGAUAGCGACCAGGAAGAAGAGGCGCGAGAGUUUAAAUGUUUCAAAAUUUUAAAUGAUGGGUCCAAUGACGAAAACCUGAAGUGUAACGUGGGGGGCUGUGUCAUACCAAUGAUCAUUGACUCAGGCACACGACUUAACUUGUUGAGCGAAAACGAUUGGGAAUUGUUGAAAAGUAACGCAGCGGUCGUAUGGAAUGAACGUAAAGACUCAUCCACUCAGUUCAGAACAUAUGCAUCGAACCAAUCUUUAAAUGUUUUGCGUGUAUUUGACGCACCGAUAGGAAUUAACAAUACCGAAAGAAUUGCUACUUUUUACGUGAUUGAAAAUGGAUGUCAAUCACUAUUGGGGCGCGACACGGGAGCGCAAUUAGGAGUCCUGAAACUAGGAGUGAACGUAAACCGAGUGGAUGUAGUAGAACUAUUUCCCAAGAUGCUGGGCGUAAAAAUUAAACUUUCUAUAAACCCAAAAAUCAAGCCGAUACAACAGGCAAUGCGACGAGUCCCUAUAGCAUUAGAGAAGCAGGUCGAAGAUAAAAUAAAUCAGAUGCUGGUGCAGGAUAUUAUAGAGCCGGUUUCAGGGGCCACGUCGUGGAUAUCACCAAUAGUGAUUGUUUUCAAAGAGGGAGGCGAAAUGAGGCUAUGCAUAGACAUGCGUCGAGCAAAUCAAGCUGUGUUGCGAGAGAACUAUCCGCUACCGACCUUUGAUACGUUCGUGACGAAGUUGAGAGGAGCCAAACUAUUCUCAAGGAUUGACCUCAAAUGGGCAUACCACCAACUGGAAUUGGAUGAGUCCAGCCGUCACAUCACUACUUUUAUUUCUCACAAAGGCCUUUUCCGGUACAAGAGGCUGAUGUUUGGAAUAAACUCAGCUCCUGAAAUUUUCCAGCGUGUGAUUGAAAAGCUUUUAUGCUCCUGCAAAAACGCACUAAACUAUAUUGAUGACAUCAUCAUAUUCGGGAAAACAGAGCAAGAACACGAUGAGGCUGUCAAAAGAGUGCUUGAGGUAUUCAAAAGCAAUGGUCUGCUACUAAACGAAACGAAAUGUGUGUGGAAGGUACGACAACUCAAAUUUCUAGGUCAUGUACUAUCAGAUGAAGGAAUUGCUCCCGAUCCAAAUAAAAUCACGACGAUCAGAGAAUUCCGAGCGCCACAAUCGAAGGAAGAAGUGAGAAGCUUCUUAGGACUAGUAACCUACGUAGGGAAAUUCAUACCCGAUCUCGCUAACACCACUGAACCGCUAAGAAGUUUGUUGAAACUGAACUGUAAAUUUGUGUGGGAGAAACCCCAAGAAGAAGCAUUUAAUAAACUUAAACACGCGCUUUCAGAAAUACCCAAUCUUGCUUAUUUUAACCCUCAGAAAAGAACGCGAGUCAUAGCUGACGCAAGUCCCGUAGCUUUAGGUGCGGUACUAUUGCAGAUCGAUCGUUCGGGUGAGACGCAAAUCAUAUCGUUCGCUAGUAAGAGUUUGUCAGACACGGAGAAGCGGUACUCUCAAACGGAAAAGGAAAGUCUUGCACUAGUAUGGGCAGUGGAAAGGUACUACUACUACCUAAUGGGGCUGGAGUUCGAACUAGUAACCGACCAUAAGCCGCUGGAGACAAUUUUCAAACCGACGUCCAAACCACCUGCCAGGAUAGAAAGGUGGCUCCUUAGGCUGCAGCCGUUCAAAUUCAAGGUGAUAUAUCGCGCUGGCAAGGAGAAUAUCGCUGACUCCGUGUCAAGACUAUGCAAAAUUGAAAAGGGAAACACUUUCGAUAAUGAUCACAACUAUAACAUUUUUCAUAUAAUCGAGAGCGCCACACCUUCAGCUAUGGGAAUAUGCGAGAUUGCGACGGAAAGUAUCAAGGAUCAGGAACUGGUAGAUGCCAUAUCGUUUGUUAAGAAUGACUUAUGGUCGGUCAACAAAGCUAAUGUUUAUUACCCAUUCCGACACGAAUUAGCAGCGGUAGGCGACAUAUUGCUCCGAGGAACUCGAAUCGUCAUCCCAAAAACUCUACGGGAGAAAACAUUACAGCUGGCCCACGAAGGACACCCGGGAGAAUCGGCCAUGAAACGGAGACUACGUUCCAAAGUGUAG